CCAAAAGAAAAAGUUGGGGCUAAGACGGCCGAAGAGCGUAGUAGAAAGUAAGAAACUAUACUCCGCUAAGGGUUUCUUCGUCGUCUCUCUCUAUUCUCUACUCUUUAGUCUCUAUUUCGGUGGUGUAGCACUGUAUCUAGGGUUUUAGCAGCAGACAAAUUUUCAAAGCAGCAACAAUGGCGAGCACCAAAGUCCAGCGUAUUAUGACACAGCCUAUUAACCUGAUCUUCAGGUUUCUUCAAAGCAAAGCUCGUAUUCAGAUUUGGCUGUUUGAGCAGAAGGAUCUGAGGAUUGAAGGCCGUAUAAUUGGCUUUGAUGAGUACAUGAAUUUGGUUUUAGACGAUGCUGAAGAGGUGAACGUUAAAAAGAAGACCAAUAAACCACUAGGGAGGAUUCUUUUGAAAGGAGACAAUAUUACUCUGAUGAUGAACUCUGGAAAAUGAGUCCCAGUGAUGCGCACUUGCUCUGCAGUAAUGGAAGUGUUGGUCUGAAAGCCGCUGCAAACUGCUCACUCCCCGUAGAAGUUUUGUUUGUGUAAACUUAUUGAUUAAUGGUAGUAUCUACUCCUGGCAUUUGCCUCCUCUCCGUAUAGUUGAAAUGUACUAUGAUCAUUGAUGAUUGUGAAUUAGUGGAUCGAUGGAUGUCUUUUCUCAUAUCUAGUAGUAUAUUCGGGUUUGAUUA